AGUAACGUCAAGCCCAGGCAGUGGCCUGGAAGCCAUCACGUACACUCUCUGCGCAUGUGCACACGCUGAAGGGACCCGCCCCAGCCUCAGCUUUAGGGUUUCUCCAUAAAUCUUUGCCUUGAGGUCGGUAGCUACGGUCCUGUGGCUUGGCCCGCCCCGCGUGGCAGCGACAUGGAGGAAUUCGACUCAGACGACGUCUCCUCCUCAGAGGAAGACGAAGACUACGUGCCUUCGGGUGAAGAGUAUAGUGAAGAUGAUGUAAAUGAAUUAGUGAAAGAAGACGAAGUGGAUGGUGAGGAGCAGACACAGAAAACCAAAGGGAAAAAAAGAAAAGCUCAAAGCAUUCCUGCCAGGAAAAGAAAACCAGGUGGCCUCUUGUUGGAAGAAGAAGAAGAGGAGGAAGAUGUCAGUGAGGAAUCUGGAGCAAGUAGCAGUGAGGAGGAACACACGGCAGCAGAGCAGGGAGAAGACACUGGAUCAGAGGCCGCAAGGAAAAAGAAGGAGGAUGAACUCUGGGCCAGCUUUCUCAAUGAUGUGGGACCAAAGUCAAAAGUGUCCCCAAGUCCACAAGUUAAAAAAACAAAGGAGACUGAAGAGACAAGUUCAAAUAAAUUGUUGGUCAAAACAGAAAAGCUAGAGAAACCUAAAGAAACAGAGAAAGUUAAAAUCACCAAGGUGUUUGAUUUUGCUGGUGAAGAAGUCAGGGUGACUAAGGAAGUGGACGCUACAUCUAAAGAGGCCAAAUCCUUCUUCAAGCAAAAUGAUCAAGAAAAACCACAGGCUAACGUGCCUUCAGCUCGGCCGUCACUCCCUGCUGGGUCGGGAUUAAAAAGAUCCAGGGAAUACCACGUACCAAAUACUCUUGAUCUUGGUCUUUUGUCUGGUAUAACUAGCUUCAAAGAAAAGAUUUGAGGAAAACUUCCCUUUAGAACAGUAACCACAAACAUCGUGUCUGCGUCCCAGCCAUGUUUCUGUGCUGUGCUGUGGGUUAACUAAAUCCAAGUUUUUGAUAUAAUUUCAGAAAGUCAUUCCGAUUUAGCUUACAUUGGACUAGUCUGAACCUCAUUUUCUCAGUCUUGAUGUGGUGAAGCCGGCGUUCCUAUUGGGUUAACUUGGGUCGGCUGUGUGUUUUAUACUACAAGGAUGAGUCGCGCAGGAUUUCAGCUCCGUGAAGGCUUAGAUUAUGAAGUAUCUGUCUUUAUGAAAUUGGAGUUAUACUUUUUAAAAACUCCUUUGAAAUAGGACUUUGUUUAACGCUUUAAUGAAAGCAAAGGAUCAAUGUUUUCCAGAUAUAGAAGG